AUAAUAGACAGUUUCAGCAAUAAAUGGUAUUAAUUAACUGAUUGAUCCAGUCUGAAAGACCAUAUUAUUCAUACCUAUCGUGACAGCAUCUGAAGCAAAUCAAUACACAAUCAGAUUGAAUCUGUUGAUAAAGAAUAUCUACGAGUCUAGAACACACCCUUAUCUGAAUUGAUAAUUAUUCGGGCUCCCUAUUCUUUCUUUUCUGGUUGAUUUUGUCUCGAUUACGUCGCCCACGGACCACCAAAGCUUUAAAGACCUCCCCUCCUCCUCCUCCUCCUCCUCUCUCCCAGCAUCGCCACCAACUCCCCAUCAGCAUCAAGGAAAUAGGAACAGCAUGGCGGUGUCUUCAAUGUCUGCGUGGCUCUACUCGAGCGCCGCGAACGGGCUGGAGAAAAACCUGACGCUGUCAGCGACGGCUCGCGCGCCCCCUGCGCCAAAAAAAAACCAGCUGCUCAUCCAGGUGCUGGCCGCCUCGAUCAACCCAGCCGACUACAAGGUCCCCGAGAUGCCUCUCAUCACGCGACUGGUGCUGAAGACCCCGGCGUCCCCAGGGAUGGACUUUUGCGGCCGGAUCGUCGCGGUGGGACCCGACACUGACGACGACGACGGCGCCGGCGCCGCAUAUACCACGGGCCAGCUCGUGUUUGGAUGCCUGGGGAUGCCCUCCCAGUUCGGUACGCUGGGCGAGUACAUUGUGGCGAAGACGAGCCAGGUCGCCCUGCUGCCCGAGGGGGUCGACCCGAACGCGGCGGCGACGCUCGGGAUCGCAGGACAAACCGCCUACCAGAGCGUGGCGCCGUACGUCAAGCAGGGCGACAAGGUGUUCAUCAACGCGGGCUCAGGCGGGUGCGGCAUGUUUGCCAUCCAGAUCGCCAAGGCGCUCGGCUGCAGUGUGACGACGACGUGUUCGACGCGCAACCUCGAGCUCUGCCGCGAGCUGGGCGCCGACCAGGUCAUCGACUACACGGCGGAAAACGUCAUCGACGUCCUCGCCGCCCAGGGAAUGGUAUACGACCAUGUCGUCGACCAUGUCAGCCAGCCAGACGGCCUGUACCGCGAAUCCCAUCGCUUCUUGCGCGAGGGCAAGACAUACGUGCAGGUCGGGGCGGACUCGGUCGCCACUUUUCUCCGCCGCUCGGCGAGGCCCAGUCUGCUGGGCGGCGGCCGCAGGAAGUACGUCGUUUUCUUCUUUGCCAACACGCGCGACCAUCUCGUCCAGCUGGGUGAAUGGCUCGCGCAGGGUAAAGUCCGGGUCCAGAUCGACUCGGUUUUCCCUAGGGAAGAGGCAGUCCAGGCGUUUGAGAAGCUGAGGAGCCAUCGCGCCAGGGGCAAGAUCAUCGUCCGCAUGUCUGAAUAAUUUUUGUCUACUUAAUUCUAAUAGUGUUAAAUGAUUUAAGUUUUUGAUACUGUAUACUUUCUAUACUGUAUACAUCUUCUAACUCUUACUGCGUUUUCAUAGGCACUGCCCUCCUCAGCUAGUCUCGACGUAAGGCUG